GAAUCAAGCGAUAAAAGAAACCAAGCACCAAUGAUGAAUCAAGCGAGGCUAGCUAUAUAGCCUAAACAAAACGUCAGUAACACAAAAUAAUCAUUAGGUAAUUAGGGAGCUAAAAGAGUCCAAAAUUAAGGGAUAAUCAUAAUCAUGGGAUCCCAAACACAGUUUCAUAAUUCUCAUCCCUCGUUACCACUAAUAGACUUCACAACCGAAAAUCUGAACCCUGGUAGUGACUCUUGGGUUUCAGCAUGCCAAGUUGUGCGUACAGCGCUUGGCGAUCAUGGUGGUUUUCUUGCACUGUAUGACGAAGUUGAUUCAGAGGUUUAUGACUCUUUUUACUCUGCAAUGGAACAACUGUUUGAUCUUCCAGUUGAAACUAAAAGGAAGAGCACCACUGAGAAGCCUAUAUUUAGUUACUCUGGUCAACUCUCUAGAAUACCCUUGUAUGAAUCUGUGGGUAUCGUGGAUCCGCUCAGCGUAGAUCAGUGUCAAAAUUUUACACAUGUUAUGUGGCCUCAAGGAAAUGAUCAUUUCUGCAAAAGUGUCCAUUCCUAUGCAAAGCAAUUACAAGGACUAGACCACGUUGUAAAAAGAAUGUUGUUUGAGAGCUAUGGAUUGGAGAACAAGAAAUUAGAAUGUUUACUGGAUUCAACUGAUUAUGUGCUCCGAGGUUACAAGUACAGAACACCAAAAGUUGGUGAAAGCAACUUGGGAGUGGCUCCUCAUUCAGACACAGCUUUCCUAACGAUACUAAAUCAGAAGGUAGAAGGCUUGGGGGUUAAGCUCAAGAAUGGGGAAUGGUUUGAAGUUGGUGCUUCGUCCUCUUUGUAUUUGGUUAUGGGUGGUGAUGCAUUGCAGGUGUGGAGUAAUGACAGAAUACCUGCUUGUGAACACCGUGUCUUGGUAAACUCAAAAAUAGAUAGAUACUCUACGGGGCUGCUUUCGUAUGUUAAUAACAUAAUGGAACCACAAGAGGAGCUUGUUGAUGAGGAAAACCCUCUUUGUUACAAGCCUUUUGACCAUUACGGGUACCUCCGUUUCUUUCUCUCAGAAGAAGCUCUGAAAUCUACUUCACGUAUUAAAGCAUAUUGUGGAAUCUAACACACAUACAUUGUGAUGUACUUGGUUGAUCCAUGGUUUUAAUUUCAAUUGUGCAAACCCAUUAGAACUUAAAAAUAUGUGUGCUAGUUUGUGUGGUGUCCUUAUGAUUCUAAUGUCAGUUAAAAUUUACGUUUCGUAUUAUUAUUGAUGUUUUAUAUGUGA